UAGUUGUCAAUGUCAUAGUGGCAACGAGUCGAACGGACUCACCGAGUCAUCUCAGCUUUCUCAAAAAUCGUUUGGCCAUGGAAUCCAUGAUUAACCCCUGUUCCGCUGCAAUAACAACGUCGUCUUCAUCUGCUUCUUCUUCGACCUUGCCAAUAUUCUUUCCCAGGAAGAAUUCGUUCCCCUCCAGACCUGCUCAAUUCUCUCUCGCCUCAAAAAGUCAUGAUAAUGAAGCCGAUCCUGAAUUUGUAUCGAAAGACAUCUCCAAAAGUGUCCCGAUUCUCAGUAAUCGCAACCUUUCCCUGUCUCCAUUCUCAAAGGAUGCAGCAAUGGGAUUGGUGCUAAGUGCCGCAACAGGAAGAGGGUGGACGACUGGUUCUGGUAUGGAAGGUCCCCCUGUUCCUGAUGAGACCCUGAAAGAAUCAAGCACAGAAAACAUUUCUACUUUCCCAUGGUCUCUCUUCACCAAAUCUCCACGGCGUAGAAUGCUUGUGGCUUUCACUUGUAACAUUUGCGGCCAAAGGACCACGCGGGCUAUCAACCCCCAUGCAUAUACUGAUGGAACAGUCUUUGUUCAGUGUUGUGGAUGCAGUGCUUUUCACAAGCUUGUGGAUAAUUUGAACCUGUUUCAUGAGAUGAAUUGCUAUGUGGACCCGAGUUUUAGUUACAGGGGUAAUGGUUGGGAAGAUAUGAAUUUCAAAUAUAUGGAGAUAGAAGAGGAUGACGAUGACAUAUUUCCCAUCCAGUAAGGUGGGGGUUGUUGAUAUUGGGGUUUGUACUUCUUGUCUAUUCUGUAUUGGUAUAUUGGAACUUUUAGCUCAGUUUCUCAUGUAUAGUUUUCACUAUCAGGGUUUCCCUUUUGAAACCCAGUAUUAGAUAUUCAAUAUUGUCUAUUAAUACAAGAAAUAUCUUAUAGUGCAAUGUCUAGCCAUUAGUAAUAGAUAAUUUACAUGUUUCUCUGCGGACUGGAUUUUAAAUGUCAUUGCUCUAACACUGUGCAAAACAUAUGUAUACAUGAAUUAUAUAAUGCAGUCGGGGGCCAUUGAAGUGGCCAACUUUUACUUC